CCUUAUUUCGCGCAGGCGCAAUUCGCCAUUAAUCUUCCAUGUGUUUGGCCUCUAUUCUAUUGCUAAUUGAAACUUACGAGUGUGUUGUUAAAUACUUUUCAACAACCUGACUGUGUAUUAUUAUUAUUAUUAUAUUUAGAGUGGUUAAGAUAAUAAUUUGUUGGCUUAAACAAACAACAAUGGUUAAACUAUCUGCUGACUUAAUAGAACAUUCAGCUCAAUAUACCAACCCGGUUAGAGACCGUGAAUUAGAUCUCCGAGGCUAUAAAAUUCCUGUUAUUGAAAAUUUGGGCACUACUUUGGAUCAGUUUGAUACCAUAGAUUUUUCUGAUAACGAAAUUCGAAAACUGGAUGGAUUUCCUCUCUUGAAGCGCCUAAAGUGCCUACUUCUGAGCAACAACAGAAUAGUGCGGAUUGGUGAGGAUUUAGAAUUAUUUGUACCCAACUUGGAAACUAUAAUUUUAACAAACAACAGUAUUCAAGAAUUAUCGGAUCUUGACAAUUUGGCCAAUUGUAAAAAUCUUAAAUAUUUGAGCUUACUCCGGAACCCAGUUACAAAUAAGAAAAAUUACAGACUUUAUGUAGCACACAAAUUACCUACUGUUCGAGUAUUAGACUUUCAAAGAAUCAAACAGAAGGAUCGUCUAAAAUCAGAAAAGCUUUACAAGUGUAAAAAACCUCAGGCUUCCACUACAAAUGGCAUUGGUGCUGUUAAAAAACCAAAGACAUUUGUUCCUGGUGCUAAACUAUCAACAGCUGCAUCCAUGGCGGGUUCAAGUCUACCUGCUGGAUCUUCAAAAGAAGAAAUUGAAGCCAUUAAGAAAGCAAUAUCAAUGGCAAAGACUUUGCAGGAAGUGGAGCACUUGAACCAGAUGCUACGGUCUGGAAACAUUCCUGGCUUUGAAAUUAAAGGAAGGUCAGAAGAGGAUGCAGAAGAGGAAGAAGUUAGCAGAAAGGAGAGUUUGCCACGAGAAACUUUGCGGAAAGAUAUACAUCAGAAAGAGCAAAACCGAAAAAGGGAGCACCAAGAUGAUGAUAGGUGGCAGGAAAGUGAAGCAAAAAGAAAGAAAGAAAAUCAAGACAAACAAGUGCAGCAGCAAAAGACCCAACGUAAACAGGACCUUGAACAAGAACGCAAAAAAGAGUUUGAACGUAAGAAAGAAAUUGAAAAACAAAAGGAGCUUGAUAAGCAGAUGGAACUUGAAAAACAGAAAGAGGUUGAACGACAAAAGGAACGUCAGAAGGAGAUAGAGAGGCAGAGGGAUUUAGAAAGACAAAAAGAAGUAGAGAAGCAGAAGGAAUUAGAACGACAAAAAGAGAUAGAGAGGCAGAAAGAAUUAGAAAGACAAAAAGAGUUAGAGAGGCAGAAAGAAUUUGAACGCCAGGAGAUAGAGAGGAAGAAGGAAAUUGAACGCCAGCAAAAAUUAGAACGACAGCAGGCAGAGUUGGAGCGCCAACAAGCACUGGAACAACAACAGGCUGAGCUUGAGCGCCAACAAAAAUUAGAACAACAGGCAGAGCGAGAGCACCAACAAGAGUUAGAACGACAAGCAGAGCUAAAGCGCCAACACGAGUUAGAAAAACAACAGGCAGAGUUUGAACGCCAACAAGAACUGGAACGUCAACAGGAAGAGCUAGAGCACCAACAGAAACUGGAACAACAGGCAGAGCUAAAGUGCCAAGAGUUAGAACGACAACAGGCAGAGCUGAAGCGCCAAGAGUUAGAACGACAACAGGCAGAGCUGAAGCGCCAAGAGUUAGAACAACAACAGGCAGAGCUAGAAUGCCAACAAGAACUGGAACAACAGGCAGAGUUGGAGCGCCAAAAAGAACUGGAACGACAACAAGAGCUGGAACGACAACAGGCAGAGCGAGAGCACCAACAAGAGCUGGAACGACAACAGGCAGAGCUAGAGCGCCAACAAGAGUUAGAACGACAACAGGCAGAGCUAGAGCGCCAACAAGAGUUAGAACGACAACAGGCAGAGCUGGAGCGCCAACAAGAGUUAGAACGACAACAGGCAGAGCUAGAGCGCCAACAAGAGUUAGAACGACAACAGGCAGAGCUGGAGCGCCAACAAGAGUUAGAACAACUGGAGCGACAGAUGUUGGAACAACAGCAACAACAAAUGGUCAUUGAAGCAGCUGCUGCAGCAGAGAUUGAGGAAGAAGAAGAGGAAGAUGAAGAGGAAGAGGGAGAAGUGGAUGCUGGUGAAGAAGAAGAUGAAGAUGAAGAGCAAGCUGUUCCUUCUACUCCGCCUCUUCGUCUACAGCAUACUGUGGAAGGAGACUCUGCCAAAUCUGGUGAGGAAGAGGAAGAGGAGGAGGAGGAGGAGGAUGAAGAAGAGGAGGAGGAGGAGGAGGAGGAAGAAGAAGAGGAGGAGGAGGAGGAUGAUGAUGAUGAGGAGGAGGAGGAAGUAGAGACUGUUGAAGUAGAGGAUGAUGAAGAUAGCCAAGAUGUCAAAGUAGAAGUUGAAGAUGAAGAGGAGGAAGAAGGAGAUGCAGGAGAAGAGGUGGAAGUUGAGGAGGAAGUUGAAGUAGAAGAUGAUGAGGAAGUGGAGGAAGAAGAGGAGGAGGAGGAAGAAGAAGAAGAAGAAGAAGAGGAGGAUGAUGAUGAAGAAGAAGAGGAAGAGGAGGAAGAGGAAGAAGACGAAGAAAUGGAAUGUGAAGAUGCUGAUGAGAGUGAUUAGUUGUUUGAAGUAUUGUACGAGUGUGUGUAUGUAUAUGUGUAUGUGUGUGUGUGAGAGAGUAUAGGUAUGUAAAUAUAUUUCUGUAAGAAGGUAUGUGUGUUUGUAUAUAAAUGCUCCUCUGAAUGUGAUGUUUUAGACUUUAUUGAAUGUUUUCUCAGAACCUCUCUUCUCAUUGUUUGACUUCAUCAUCACAACACUGUAAUUAAAUCAUUUUUAUUAUUUUCUUCAUCAGUUUUUUUAGGACAAAAUAAUUGGUGCAUUGAUAUCUUUAAGAAGAGUACCAAGUUGUUUGUUACCUCUGAAUAUAUGGUAUGCUGUUAAAUGGGAAAAGAGCUAGGAAAAUGAAAAGCUCUCUUUCUCUCUUAGAACUAAAUGAAUCACUUAUAGUAGUUUAAUUGUUGAUACUUCUAUUUAGGGUGCAUUCUGCAAGCCUUUCUUCAUUCAACUUUUGAAGAUGUGCCACUUCAUGCAUUACUUGCAGUAGGCUGUCUUUUUGUCCAAUGACAUACUUCUCAUUUAAUUAAUUCACUGCCAAAAUCCAGAAGUUGAGCUCUCAGUGUGAGCUCUUUGUAGAGACAUCAUUUUCAGUGUCCUUGUAUACAUACACAUGCAUUCCCACAAAUAUUUGUAUACAUCCAUGUAUUUUUAUAGUUAACUUGUUAAGAAGCAAGUUCGAUCCUUUAUUUGCAAUUUCUCGUUGAUGUAACAACAUUAAACAUACAACAUAAAUAGGUCUUUGUAUUUGAUCUCAGUUAAAUGUUCUAUUUAUUUCUUCUUUAAUUUGUUUUCCUUUAAUUUAUCCAACAGCAAGCCAUAUUGGAACCAAGAACUGGAUCUAUUGAAUUCAGCUCUUCAUCAUCUCUACUGGUUCCAACAUAUUGUGUGUGUGUAAUUAUUUUUGUUCCAGUUCUUUUUCAGGCAGUUUUCAUUGUUGUAAACAACAAAUUGGCAGCUGAUAUCACACCAACUGGCUUCUUAGUCAUGCAGUUACUAUGAAGUUUCAAACACCACUUUUAGAAAGUAUUUUUUGUACAACUAUGAGUGAAUUUUAUUUUCUCUCUAAAUGGACAAACUGCUGCAUCUGUCGAUAUCUGGAGAUAUGAUAAAGCCACAUAUCAAUCAGAUAUUGUUUUGCAUAACAAAGCCAUGCCUGAUAAGGCUAUGAUUCUACACUUGAUUGGCUAAAACAGAUAUAUAUAUAUGCUAAAAAGUAAAUAAAUAAAAAUUGAGAUUUUA